ACUUGAUGUGUCCCCAGUCCAUACAUUAUCAUCUCUCCCAGGUGAAAACCCUAUUCAGAGCCUAUCAUAUAUGGCUGCUUCUUCUCCAGGGCUAACUACCCUUCCGGUUAUUCUCACCGCUGCCAGCGCCAGAUAUUAGGACACAUCUUCCAGACAUCCUCUCAGAUCUUCCCAAAUUUUGGGUCAUGUCGUCCUAUACCCCACAGACAGAUUUUCCGCUUGAACGCUCUCGUCUUAUUGGAAUGAUUUUGGGAGGUGUGUCCUACGGUGCAUACCUUCUCCUUACCGUACAAGCGGUGAUUGCUCUCAUGCAACGUCCCCGACAUGGGCAGAAAAUUGCAAAUAAUCGUCGCACGCUUCUUUGUUACACCCUCAUCACGUUCGCACUUGGGACGAUAAGCUUUGCUUGCAAUACAAAAUUCACGGUGAUGAUUUGGAUAGACCUUCGUGAUGCGCCUGGCGGUCCCGUUGCGCUGAUUAAGAACGUAAUGCAUUACCGUAUCAACUUUAUGGCGAUAUGCUGUGGUUACGUCACGGAGUGGUUGAUGCAAGCACUGCUUCUUUACCGAUGUUUUGUGAUAUGGAAUUGGGAGAGACACGUGAUGAUCUCCAUGGUCUCCCUCUAUACUGGCAUGAUUGCAGUAGCCAUCGUCGUCUUGGUCCAGGCAGGUACCGGGACUCCAUUUUACGAUAUCAACAGCACAGUUGCAUACCUCGCCUUCCAAGUGGCGCACACCAUACUUUAUACCAUUCUCGUGGCGAAACGUUUGCUCUCCAUACGAAGCCAGAUGAAGACGGCGUUCAAGGCUGAAUAUGAUUCUAGCACUUAUGAUACCAUCAUCCUAAUGGUCAUCGAGUCCGCCGUGGCAUACACUGUCUUCAUCAUUAUAUUCAUAGUUGGAUUUGCUGUGCAUUCAGACUCUCUCUCCACGCUAUGCUUCUUGUCUAUUAACCAAGUUCAAGGCAUUACACAAUUGUUCAUCAUCAUACGUGUGGCACGGGGGAGGGCAGUUACACAUGAUUGGUCGCCCCGAAUUGCUCCAGCAGUACCUACGACUUUAGUAUUCGCAGAGACUACAUCCAUUCUAGCAGAAGGAACCAAUGUGGCACAAGCAGCAGGCAGAGCAGGACAGUGCCAGCUGAGUCCGAGCAUUCUGUUUCGGUGAAGUUGGCGGAAGAAAAUGCGUAGUGUGCCGUACUUUGUUUAUUCCCCAAAGUUCAUUUAAUCGUAACGACGCUGGUGCCGGCCCCCAACUCGCUUAUUCCUCCCUUAUUCCUGGCAUGUUUUGUGUUCAUCGAAUUAAACGCAAACCAGCCUUUUCUAUUUACAUUUUGUAU